CCGGAAGAAACAGUAGCUAAAUUCACUAAAGAAAUAUUUCCGCUCAUAAGAUUUAAAAAAACCAAGUGCAUUUUUCAUUUCACCAUUAUUUCCUCGUAUAAACAGUUGAUGAUGUUGAAAGAUUAACAUUAACGCGAAUUAAAAAAGUAAUCAUGAGCGACAGUGACGAGUCAGACUGUUUUUGUGGCCAGAAUCCAAAUGGCGACGUGACUCCAUCAGCGGAGGAAUCUUGUACACAAAGUCUAGAUGUAACAGAAGACAUCAAAUCACAAAUUUUUAUUGAACCAUCAAAUACAGUCGUAGAACCAUUGGAACUUUCUCUCCACACAACUGCAAAGGGUCACUUUAUUGAGAAAUCUGACAGUUUAAAAAGUCCUCUUGACAUAAAACUAAGCAAUAUGGAUCGACUGCUGGCAAUCAACAAAAAGUUAGUUAUCUACUGGAACCAUUGGAUAGUGCUAGAGACUUUGAAAUACCUUCUGUUUACGUCAGACAAUGAAGAUGACCUUUCUCUGAUCGUAGACCGACAAGAUAGUAAUGGUAAAACUGCUAUAUAUGAAAUCUGCAUAACAGUCAUGAGAACUAGAGAUGAAAAAUACAAUGAUUCUGAUAUCGAAAUCGAUCUUGGUGGUGCGUUUCUUGAAGUAAAAAGCUUUAUCAAAAGAAUAGCUUACAUUCCUCGUGUAAAAUGUGUGAGGUUCAAAAAUCUCUAUCAGUGUAGAAUCAGACAUGGCUUUAGGACUAACUAUUACCUUAAAGUUGACCCUGAACAACAUCUAUCAAUGGAACAGUUAACCAGUGAAAAACAAGAUUACUGGAGUUUUGAUUGCUACAUUUUCAAAUGUCUCAAAAUGUGUGUAUCACCUGAAGAAAUUCCAACGACCAUGUUCAUCUGUGUGCUACGAUCAUGUCACCAGUUCGAAAAGCAAAGACCAUACAUUAUGGCGAAAAAUUGUGCAAACGUUGGAGUGACGGUUUUCCCCACUUUAGAACUGGACGUUCAAAGGACUGACAAAGCAGACCCUCGGUUUUUCAGAGUUAUGAAGACUUCAAAUGGAAAACAUCUUUUUGAGUCUCUCAUUUAUAAAGACUAUUAUCUAAGUUGGCCUAAUCCGUUGAGCAACAAGUUGAAGUUGAAAAAGCAUACACCAGUGGAGAUGUCAAUGGCUGUAGAAAAUAUCGAAGAAUGUCAUUUUGAAAUUAUAAACUCUGAGAUGAUAUGUUAAAGAAAAACGGAUAUUUGUAAAUAGAGGAGAAGGCUAUUAUAGAUUGUGAUAUUAUAUGAUUAUAAUUAUAAAUAAAGGCAAUAGUAGUA